CCCCUCCCCUUCUCGAGCGCUCAUUUCACCCUGCUCCUCUACAUCUGCUCCAAUGAAUGGCAUCUUUCUCGACAUCACGUAAACGCCGACGGGGGGAGCGAGAGCGUCUUACUCUGGUGUUCGCUUCGGAUGGAGCAGGCUAAAAAAAUAUACCCCGUUGAUUAUUAAUUUAUAGAUUUAUCACACUGCAGGUUGCAGUAGGCUACAUCUGAUCGUUUUACAAAACGGCCCGGUGUUCAGCCGUAUGAAUAAAGGACAGCAUCUUUACACCCCCCUUUGUCGAUGACAGGGACUCACAAUUCAAACAACAUGAAAUAAUUCCAUUGCACGAAGGAACUAAAGCCUGGAAAGACAGCAUGAAGUUACAAAUCUCCGGUCUUUUGCUCGUUAUGGCAGUAGCGUAUGCAACGAUAGAGGCUCCUGAGGAGUUUGUUUCAUUGGCUGAGAUGGAGGACACUUUGUUGAGGAAUCUUUUUCGGGGUUAUCAGAAGUGGGUGAGACCUGUCCUUCAUGCCAACGACACGAUUACCGUUCGCUUCGGUUUGAAGAUUUCCCAGCUGGUGGAUGUGGAUGAAAAGAAUCAACUAAUGACUACAAAUGUCUGGUUGUGGCAGGAGUGGACAGACUAUAAGCUUCGUUGGAAUCCAGAAGAUUAUGGUGGAAUCACAUCCAUCAGAGUGCCCUCAGAAACUAUCUGGCUACCAGACAUUGUCCUUUAUGAGAAUGCUGAUGGCCGGUUUGAAGGGUCUCUAAUGACCAAAGCCAUUGUAAGGUUUAAUGGUACCAUCAUGUGGACUCCUCCUGCCAGCUAUAAAUCCUCCUGUACCAUGGAUGUGACCUUUUUCCCCUUCGACAGGCAGAACUGCUCAAUGAAGUUUGGAUCAUGGACAUACGAUGGCACUAUGGUGGACCUGACCCUGCUAGAUGCAUACGUAGACCGUAAAGACUUCUUUGACAAUGGCGAAUGGGAAAUACUGAAUGCCACAGGGCAAAGGGGCAGUCGGCGUGAUGGCAUUUACUCCUAUCCCUACGUCACGUAUUCAUUCAUAAUGAAGCGUCUCCCUCUCUUUUACACACUCUUUCUCAUCAUCCCAUGUCUCGGUCUGUCAUUUCUCACCGUGCUGGUCUUCUACCUUCCCUCGGAUGAAGGAGAAAAGCUUUCCCUCUCCACCUCCGUUCUUGUGUCUCUCACUGUGUUUCUUCUUGUCAUUGAAGAGAUCAUCCCAUCUUCCUCUAAAGUCAUUCCUCUGAUAGGAGAGUAUCUGCUUUUUAUCAUGAUCUUCGUCACAUUCUCAAUCAUCGUAACUGUCUUUGUCAUCAAUGUCCAUCACCGUUCUUCUGCCACGUACCAUCCCAUGGCACCGUGGGUUAAGAGUCUUUUCCUCCAGAGAUUACCCAGACUGCUCUGCAUGAGGGGGCACACCGAUCGUUAUCAGUACCCAGACAUCGAGCUGCGGAGCCCAGAGCUAAAACGAGGGAUGAAAAAAGGGCAACAGAAGAGUGCUGGAGGUGGACGAGGGGGGUUAAAGGAAGAUGAGAACCAGGCCUGGAUUGCCCUGUUGGAGAAAGCCACUCACUCAGUGCACUACAUUUCCAGACACAUCAAGAAGGAACACUUCAUCAGAGAGGUUGUUCAGGACUGGAAAUUUGUGGCUCAGGUGUUGGACCGGAUCUUCCUAUGGGCCUUUCUCACAGUUUCUGUGCUUGGGACCAUCCUCAUAUUUACCCCGGCUCUGCGGAUGUACCUCAGCACACCUUAAAAACCCACAAGAAUUCAGCCUACCAAAUCUCCUUUACCCAAAACAACAUUAUGACCCCUUUGAAAUAUAUGUAGUUCCCACAACAUUACAGUAAUCCCUCUAAAAGUCCUUUUCUGACCUAGCCACAUCUGUAAUCCGCUCCAAUUUCAGCUUCUCUCUAUCCCUCCUAGAUGCUGUGUUCAAUAGUUAGACUGAAAUAGCAAAACUCAGCUGAAAUUAAGUUUAGGAAUCUGCCCAUUUAACACAUAACUAAAAGGCAGCUUAUAGAGUUGGAGGAGUUUGGAUCUGUGUAAUCUCUCUGAGGGGAUCAUGGAUUUAAAGAUCUUCAAUAAUUUGACUUUAAUGUGACUUUUCAUUUUGCUUUUAGAUUUAUUUAUUUUAAAAAUAAUUUAUAAAAUAUUUUUACGGGUUUAAUGUUUCAACUGUCCAUGUUUUACAGGUAAAAACCCUAUUCACUCUGCUUUUUAAUUUAAUUCACUACCUUUGGAAUAAAAAUCCAAUCUGAAUGGAGUUUAAAUCAGAAAUGAUCACCAUCCAGGCUUAAUAAAUGUAUUAGGUGUCUUUGGUUACUAUACUUACAUCAAUAAUAAUAAUAAUAAUAAUAAUAAUACAGAUAGAUAUUUGGUACCAUGUACUCAUUGUGUUCAUGUUGUAAUGCAAAACACUUUUGCUGCUAUUGAGGUGGAUACGGUUAAGGUUAGGGACAGGUUUCAUGGUAUGGUUAGGUUUAAGAGUAGGUAAGGAAAGGGUCAACAAUGUAAUUCUAAAUGUAAUUAAAGAAAUGAAUUUUAUUGUAUUUUAAAUACAAUAUAAAAACAUAUGUACACAAUAACGGCAUUGUACCAAAUGAUACAUUUAAAUGUUAUUACAUAGUAGUUAAAGACACUUAAUAUGAAGUGGGCCCUGUGAUAUUUACUGUAGUCUAUCAUCUUUUUUCCCUAGUUUUUAGUACUGUAAAUGCAAUCAUAACUAGUUAGCAUUAUUAGCAAGGACUGGAUUAUGACACCCUCCUUAAUUUCUGGUCAUUGUUGUUGUAUCAUAGUCUUAUGUUGUUUGAAUAUUUAAUUGUACAAGAUCAAUUUGUGUACAUAAUCUUGUCAGUGACCUGUUUUCUAAUGUCUUUUACUCCAUAUUGGCAAAUCAGAAACAAUUCUUUAUGGUUCAGAAUAGCCUGUUUGCAUAGGAAAUUUUGAAUGAAUCAGUGUUAUUUGCAUCCCUUAAAAUAAUAAAAAAUAAAUAAAACCUUUUUUUUUUUUAUGAUUUAUGAUAAAAGUGUUAUUUAGGAGUAGAUAUAUUGGCAAUAUGUCAGUUCCUCUCUAAAGCAUCUUUUUUUUUUCCUUCUAGUGAUUAUUCUGGUGUUACAUAUAUUAAAGUCGACAUGAAAUCUUACUGUACAUGAUUCAUCAGUGCACACUCUGCCUCUUUUAUUAUUGGCUUUCAAAAUAUGAUUUCAGAAGUAAAAUGAAUGAAUACCAUUUCAUGUUGUCUUUUGUAUUCAUGAAGAGUGUGUAUUUAAUGUCUAUGCUGCUUUUGUAUUGCAUCAAAGAGAAAUUAUUCAAAUGUACAAUGCUGCAAGGUGUUGUUGACAGUGUAGUUUUCCUUCUUGAUAGACAGGCUUUAAUCUCAAAGCACCUCGCCUGGGAGUGAUAUUGUCUGGACUCUCAGAGAAGCACAGAGCAUGAAAAAUUUCCAUUUCUAGAGCAUGUGAAUUCCUCAGAUAUGUUUUCAAGCCACAUCUGGGCUCUGUAAUCAUUGACAUAGCAACCGAUAAUGUGUAAACGGUAGAUUGAAUUUCACGCUGUUGUGCCAUCCCUUUCUUUUCAAAGCAUGAGCUGUAGGUGCAUUCUCUUGUGGUCCCCCAUGUGCUCUUGCAAAUCACAAGCUGUUCUCUUUUAAAAUAUUGAUUGAUCAAAAUUCAUUUUUGACUAUUUAUCAAUAUCAUUCUAAUUCGUGCCACAAAAAUACUUUCUUUUAUGUACAACGAACAAAGCAUGGCUGUACUAAUGUAAAAUUUUACAUUAUGGUUGUAACCUGGUUUUCUGAGGGAGAUGAGUGGCUGAACUGAAGAUAAAUUUCAUGAUGGGAUGAGAGAAAUUUAGAGAUUUAAAGAAAUGUGGGCCUGUGCAACAGAUUAUGUAUGCCGGGGCAUCCCAUAAAGGUAUCCAUAAUGAGAUUUUGAAGUCGACCAAAAUAGAACAUGAUAAUAAUAGAUUAAAAUCACAGUAGAUUAGGUUUAUUUUUAAAUGAUUUAUUUAACAUUAUAAAUUCAGCUCUGGAUGUAUUGUUCAAAUAAAGCAUAAUGGAGUUUUAGAGGAUGCUACAAAAUUCUUCACAUGUAAAAUAAUUUAAAUAAAAACGGACACAAAUGA